AUGGUCUCCUUCAAGGCCCUCGUUCUCGGCGCCGUUGGCGCCCUCUCCUUCCCUUUCAACGUCACCGAGCUGUCCGAGGCGCACGCCCGGGGCGAGAAUGUGACCGAGCUCUUGAUGUCUCGCGCCGGCACGCCGAGCCAGACCGGCUGGCACGGGGGCUACUACUUCUCCUUCUGGACCGACAACGGCGGCACCGUCAACUACUGGAACGGCGACAAUGGCAGAUACGGUGUCCAGUGGCAGAACUGCGGCAACUUUGUCGGCGGUAAGGGAUGGAACCCCGGCGCGGCGCGGACCAUCAACUUCAGCGGCUCCUUCAACCCGUCGGGCAACGGGUACCUGGCCGUGUACGGGUGGACGCAGAACCCGCUGAUCGAGUACUACAUCGUCGAGUCGUUCGGCACGUACGACCCGUCGUCGCAGGCCCAGGUCCUCGGCACCUUCUACCAGGACGGCAGCAACUACAAGAUCGCCAAGACGACCCGCUACAACCAGCCCUCCAUCGAGGGCACCAGCACCUUCGACCAGUUCUGGUCCGUCCGCGAGAACCACCGCACCAGCGGCAGCGUCAACGUCGGCGCCCACUUCGCCCGCUGGCAGCAGGCCGGCCUCCGCCUCGGCACCCACAACUACCAAAUCAUGGCCACCGAGGGCUACCAGAGCAGCGGCUCCUCCGAUAUCACCGUCUGGUAA